GGUCUUGUCAUUUUUACGGAAUAUUUUUUUCCGUCUGUCAUGGUGGUUUAAACGAAGGUUGCUGCAGUUGUAUCGCUACUAGAAAGACUAUUCGUCCACGGAAACUGUGGAUCAAUGACUAGUUUUGUAGACGGCAUGACAGGUGUCUUUGGAUUAACUGUCGCAGCUUUGAAAAUUCUUUGCCCCUGGAUUCAACAAGAACGAAUGCGCUAUGUUAUGCAGUCAGUAAUGGAAGAUUGGUCGAAUGUUUGCGACAAGAGGUCCCGUAAAAUUAUGAACCAAUACGCCUUUUGGGGGCGUUUAACCUUCAGCGCUCAAAUAAUUGCAGUACUAGUGACCGUGAUAGGAUUCAGUGCAGCUCGGCCUCCUAAUUUCACUACUGAGGCAUUUAGGAACAACAGUUCAUCAACGCGGAACCUACUACUGGGUCCUUCAUGCUGGAUUCCCGAUACCAUGUCCACGAGUUUAUACUUGUUACAUUAUUUUUUGGUCUGUGUCGCCGCGUACAUCGCCACUGUAACAUUUCCCGGAUUCGAUGCACUCAUAUUCAGUGCUGCAUUGCAUCUUUGCGGUCAAUUUGAAGUGCUCAAUCAGAAGCUUGAAGAUAUGUCUGAUGGUGAGAGCCAUUGGGAGCAAAAACGCAGGAUCGAAGAAUACUCGAAGCGUCAUAAUAAGUUAUUAACGCUGGGUAACGAAGUCAACAACAUUGUCAGUUUGAUUAUGUUCUCCGAGUUUUUCUGUAAUGGCCUCCUUAUUUCCCUUUCGGGAAUUUCAAUUCUAACUAGCGUUAAAAAUGGAAAAGUGGAUAGUGAUGAUAUUAGCUUUGGAAUAAGAAUAUGUAUUUGGUAUGGUGAGCUGUUCAUGUACAGUUAUGUUGGGGAAAAGCUUGCGAGUCAAGCUGACAAAUCGCACAGCACAAUAUACAACUGUCCGUGGUAUAGUAUGUCAGUGAAUAUUGCCAAAGAAAUUAAAAUUAUUAUGAUGCGAAAUAAUUCUUUCUGUUAUUUGACCGCCGGUGGAAUUUUCGUAAUAAAUUUUGAGGCCUUCAAAGAAAUUACUAGAAUCAUGUUUUCAUGCUUUUCUGUUUUAAAAGUUCAAUUGGAAUGAAGUCCAGGGAUGACCGGGUCCUCUUAACAAACGCAGAUGUUCGUCGAUUUAGAGGGUGGGUUUUAAGUUUAGAAAAUGAAGAAUUUCGAAAAAUUAGGGGAGGUAAUAGGCUCUUUUGAGCGCCAACUCUGGAAUUAGUUUAGUCAUUAGGUACUCACCACUGUUUUCUUUGUUAAUAAUGACGUAAGGGUCAAUUGGUGGGCAUUUAUUUUGGGUACAUUAAGGAGUAAAUAUUUCGUGGUACUCAUUAUUGGACGAAAUUAAAUAAUUCACGAUAAAAUCGACUUACUCCCCAGGUGGAGAGUAAAAUAUUGGAAAAAUUACAAUUGUUGGAUAAUUGGUUUUGGGGGGAAAAGUACUUAAGGUACAAUCGAAAUUAUCCCAAAAUUUUUAGUAGUAAUACCCCAAGACCUUCAAAAUUAUCGGAUAUCUCCCGAGAGUUUCGUUGCGUAGCAACGAGAGGGAUGAGUUUUGCAGGUUUAAAAUCCCGAUCGCGAAGCGCGAGGGUUUUUCUGCAAAAGUUAUCCCGAUCAGUGGUACGCAGAGAAACUGGAGGGAAAUGUCCGAUUAAUUUUGAAGGUCGAGGGGUAUUUGGCUGGAAAAUUUGAUUUUUGAUGAUUUAUCAAUUACUCGAGUUCUCAGAUAAUUGUGAAAAUGAUCGUGAGUGAGAAGAUACUCCGAAGUAGGAAAAGAACAUCAGAAUCAGCUGUGGAAGUUGUGUUAUAAUCAUCUGAAGAGUUAAGUGAGUCACAAUGAAUAAAUUAUUCUAGAAAUGUUAUAAUAAUUGUAUUUUCGUCGGAAGAGAGUUUGUAGUAUACUAUUAUAGUUGGCACCUCAUUCGAACAGCACAAAAAUUUUGAAAAUUAUUUUACACUCCAUAUUUUUAAUGACAUUAUCACUUGUCAAUCACAUCGUACCGAAU